GCGCUUUCUUUCCUGGCUGCCUCGUCAGCGGCUUCAACAGGACUAGUCGGACAGACUUUGUUAAAGUUUCUGCCCCAGUGGUUCUCCCAGUCCAGACAUGGCCCCCAGCACCCAACUGAAGGAGGCAAUAGCCGAUAUGCAGGAGGGGAUCCGUGCCAUCCUGCUCGGACCACCCGGAGCCGGGAAGGGGACUCAGGCCCCUCGGCUAGCAGAGCAGUACUGUGUUUGCCACCUGGCCACGGGAGACAUGUUGAGGGCAAUGGUGGCUUCAGGCUCUGAGCUUGGAAAGAGGCUCAAGGAGACCAUGGAUGCUGGCAAACUGGUCAGUGAUGAGAUGGUCGUGGAGCUCAUAGAGAAGAACCUGGACACACCGGCCUGCAGGAAUGGAUUCCUGUUGGACGGAUUCCCCCGAACAGUCAAACAAGCAGAGAUGCUGGACGACUUGUUGGACAAGCGACAUGAGAAGCUGGACUCUGUGAUCGAGUUUGCCGUUGAUGACUCUCUGCUGGUUCGCAGGAUCUGUGGCAGACUAAUUCAUCAGCCAAGUGGCCGCUCCUACCACGAGGAGUUCAACCCCCCCAAAGAGCCCAUGAAGGAUGACGUGACAGGCGAGCCGCUCAUCCGCCGCAGUGAUGACAACGCGACGACGUUGCGCUCCCGUCUGGACGCCUACCACCGGCAGACGGUCCCUCUGGUGCAGUACUACAGAACCAGGGGCCUGCACACGGCCGUCGAUGCCGCACAGAACCCAAACGUUGUGUUCGCCUCCAUUGUAGCUGCUUUCUCCGCUGCCACGGAAACCCCCGCCCGUGCCACCGCCUCUGGUUGAAUCCUGAGCUGCUCCAUUUCCACCGAGGCAACAGAUUUGGAGCUGGCAAAAAGAGCUCGGGUGGGUGGACAGACAGACAGACAGACAGACAGACAGACAGACGGAGUUGGUGGGGGUGGUGUCAGACAACAGGGGGAUUCCUUACACUUCAUAAGUUAAUUUUGCUGUGCUCCUGCUCUCCCAGUUGUCAGCACAUUUCUAUUCCCAGUAGAUUCUAAGAACAUUUGAGCAAAUCGUGUUUCCACCUCUAAUAAAUCUCCUGCUUUUCUACAAUCAUCA